CAACCGAAUGCAGGACGCGUUCUCCGCCAUCGGACAGAACGCGGACCUGGACCUGCCGCAGAUCGCGGUGGUGGGCGGACAGAGCGCCGGGAAAAGCUCCGUGCUCGAGAACUUCGUGGGGAAGGAUUUUCUCCCGCGCGGCUCUGGCAUCGUCACGCGCCGUCCGCUCGUCCUGCAGCUCAUCAACUGCCCCACAGAAUAUGCAGAGUUCCUCCACUGUAAGGGGAAGAAGUUCACGGAUUUCGAUGAGGUGCGUCAGGAGAUCGAGGCGGAGACGGAUCGAGCCACAGGCCAGAAUAAAGGCAUCUCUCCCGUGCCCAUCAACCUGCGCGUCUACUCGCCUAACGUGCUGAACCUGACUCUGGUGGAUCUGCCGGGAAUGACUAAAGUGCCGGUGGGAGAUCAGCCUGCAGACAUCGAGCAGCAGAUCAGAGACAUGCUGAUGCAGUUUGUGACCAAAGACAACUGCCUGCUGCUGGCCGUGUCGCCCGCUAACUCCGAUCUGGCCAACUCUGACGCCCUGAAGAUCGCCAAAGAAGUCGACCCGCAGGGUCUGCGGACCAUCGGUGUGAUCACUAAACUCGAUCUAAUGGAUGAAGGGACCGACGCUCGGGACAUCCUGGAGAACAAGCUGCUGCCGCUGCGGAGAGGUUACAUGGGUGUGGUGAACCGCAGUCAGAAAGACAUCGACGGGAAGAAGGAUAUUAACGCUGCUAUGGCGGCGGAGAGGAAGUUUUUCCUGUCUCAUUCCAAUUACAGACACCUGGCCGACCGCAUGGGAACGCCGUUCCUGCAGAAAACCCUCAACCAGCAACUGACCAAUCACAUCCGUGACACGCUCCCUGCGCUGCGCGCUAAACUGCAGAGCCAGCUGCUGUCCAUCGAGAAGGAAGUGGAGGAAUACAAGAACUUCCGUCCGGACGAUCCGUCCCGGAAGACCAAAGCCCUGCUGCAGAUGGUGCAGCAGUUCUCGGUGGAUUUCGAGAAGCGCAUCGAGGGUUCUGGAGAUCAGAUAGACACGUAUGAGCUGUCUGGAGGAGCCAGAAUCAAUCGUAUCUUCCACGAGCGCUUCCCCUUCGAGCUGGUGAAGAUGGAGUUUAAUGAGAAGGAGCUGCGCAAGGAGAUCAGCUACGCCAUCAAGAACAUCCACGGCAUCAGAACUGGGCUCUUCACGCCGGACAUGGCCUUUGAGACCAUUGUGAAAAGGCAGAUUGGGAAGAUUAAAGAGCCGUGCCAGAAAUGCGUGGACAUGGUCAUUUCUGAGCUAGUCAAUACUGUUAGACAGUGUACCAAGAAGCUGGCCCAGUAUCCCAUGCUGAGAGAGGAGAUGGAGCGGAUCGUCACGCAGCACAUCCGCGACCGCGAGAGCCACACUAAACAACAGGUGCUGCUGCUGAUCGACAUCGAGCUGGCGUAUAUGAACACCAACCAUGAAGACUUCAUCGGAUUUGCCAAUGCCCAGCAGAGAAGCAGUCAGAUGAACAAGAAGAAAGCGGCUGGUAAUCAGGGCCAGGAUGAAAUCAUGGUGAUCAGGAAGGGCUGGCUGACCAUCAAUAACAUUAGCAUCAUGAAGGGCGGAGCUAAGGAGUACUGGUUUGUCCUGACGGCCGAAUCACUGUCCUGGUACAAGGAUGAUGAGGAGAAAGAGAAGAAGUACAUGCUACAGGUGGACAAUCUGAAGCUCAGAGAUGUGGAGAAGGGCUUCAUGUCCAGCAAACACAUCUUUGCCCUGUUCAACACUGAGCAAAGGAACGUGUAUAAGGACUACCGUCAGCUGGAGUUGGCCUGCGAGAGUCAGGAGGAUGUGGACGGAUGGAAGGCGUCGUUCCUGCGUGCCGGCGUCUAUGCUGAGCGCGUGGUGGAGAAGGAAAAGAGCGACGCUGGAGAUGAGAACGGGUCGGACGGUUUCAUGCACUCCAUGGACCCUCAGCUGGAGAGGCAGGUGGAGACCAUCCGAAACCUGGUGGACUCCUACAUGGGCAUCGUCAACAAGACUGUACGAGACCUGAUGCCCAAGACCAUCAUGCAUCUGAUGAUCAAUAAUACGAAGGAGUUCAUCAAUGCGGAGCUGCUGGCUCAGCUGUACUCGUGUGGAGAUCAGAACACGCUGAUGGAGGAGUCGGCCGAUCAGGCGCAGCGGCGCGACGAGAUGCUGCGCAUGUAUCACGCGCUCAGAGAAGCACUGAACAUCAUCGGGGACAUCAGCACCACCACCAUCUCCACCUCUCUGCCUCCGCCUGUGGACGACUCCUGGCUCCAGGUGCAGCGCACCGGCUCCGGAGGAAGGUCUCCGGCGACCAGCCCGACCCCUCAGAGACGGGCCCCUCCUCCGGGGCCUCCGGCACGCCCAGGUUCUCGCGGCUCGGCCCCGGGGCCCCCUGCUGCCGGCGGGCCACCCGUUCCCUCUCGCCCGGGAGCCUCUCCCGACCCCUUCGGCGGGCCCCCACCUCAGGUCCCGUCCCGGCCUAACCGCGCACCUCCCAGCGUGCCCAGCCGCGGAAUGUGAGACUCUAACCGCUGGAGUAAGAGCAGUGGUGUGGAAUUACAAUCAGUGACCAAUGAGGACGAACGCUUCUGUGGUCCCUGAGCUCACGGGCCAGAAGACGACACCAAACCCCCCCGAAGGCCGGUCAAACACAGCGGCCCUUCUCGCCCCGAGAGCCCCUUUUCUCCACGAGACCCUUAGCAUCGCUUUCUUCUUCUGUUCCUCCCCACAUCAAGUAAAGCAACCCAAGCACACCAACCCA